GUUGGGUUGGCAGUCCGUUUGUUUUGGCUGUUAUUGGUAAUAGACGUUUGCUGUCAGGUGGAGAACCUGCCUUAAGCUGCGGCAUCAUGUCUGACAAAAGUGAGCUGAAAGCAGAGCUUGAAAGGAAGAAGCAGCGCUUGGCACAAAUCAGAGAGGAGAAGAAAAGGAAGGAAGAGGAGCGCAAGAAGAAAGAGGCGGACCAGUUGAAAGAUGCUGUACUUCACCAGGAUGACUCUGACCUGGAGAAAAAAAGACGUGAGACUGAGGCUCUGCUACAGAGUAUGGGCAUAACCUCAGAUAUUCCUGUUGUCCCUCCUCCCAUGUCUCCUACUACCAAAUCCGGGGGCACACCAAGUGAUGCAGGGAGCCAAGACUCUGAUGGAGCCGUGGGACCCAGGCGUGGAACUGCAAAACUGGGAAUGGCCAAAAUCACACAGGUGGACUUCCCUCCACGUGAAACUGUGUCCUACACGAAAGAGACGCAGACACCAGUCAUGACUCAACAAAAAGAAGAGGAAGAAGAAGAGGAAGAAAUUGCUCCACCUCAACCAGUAAGCGAGACUCAGACUGAGAAACCGGACCAGAAAGAGGAGGAGGAAGCCCCCCCACACGAGCUGACAGAGGAGGAAAAACUCCAGAUCCUGCACUCUGAGGAGUUUGCAAAUUUCUUUGACCACAGCACUCGCAUUAUUGAGCGGGCACUAUCAGAGCACGUGGACCUCUUCUUUGACUACAGUGGCCGUGACCUGGAGGAGAAGGAGGGUGAAAUCCAGGCCGGAGCAAAGCUCUCUCUCAACAGGCAGUUCAUGGACGAGCGCUGGUCGAAGCAUCGUGUCGUCACCUGCCUGGACUGGUCCCCCCAGUAUCCUGAACUCCUGGUUGCCUCAUACAACAACAACGAGGACGCUCCUCACGAGCCAGACGGCGUGGCCUUAGUGUGGAACAUGAAGUACAGGAAGGCGACACCGGAGUACGUCUUCCACUGUCAGUCCGCUGUUAUGUCGGCUGCAUUCUCCAAGUUCCACCCCAACGUUGUGGUGGGGGGCACAUACUCGGGGCAGAUUGUCCUGUGGGACAACAGGAGCAACAAGAGGACCCCUGUGCAGAGGACUCCCCUGUCAGCAGCAGCACAUACGCACCCAGUUUACUGUGUGAAUGUGGUCGGCACCCAGAACGCCAACAACCUGAUUAGCAUCUCCACUGAUGGCAAGAUGUGCUCCUGGAGUCUGGACAUGCUCUCUCAGCCACAGGACAGCAUGGAGCUGGUGUUCAAGCAGUCCAAAGCUGUAGCUGUCACCUCCAUGUCUUUCCCUCUCGGAGAUGUCAACAAUUUCGUGGUGGGCAGCGAAGACGGCUCCGUCUACAUGUCAUGUCGUCAUGGAAGCAAAGCAGGCAUCAGCGAGAUGUUUGACGGCCACCAUGGGCCCAUCACAGCCAUCAACUGCCACACGGCUCCGGGGCCCCUGGACUUCUCCCACCUGUUUGUUACAUCCUCUUUCGACUGGACUGUUAAGCUGUGGAGCACCAAGAACAACAAGCCGCUCUACUCAUUUGAAGAUAACUCGGAUUACGUGUACGAUGUCAUGUGGUCCCCGACUCACCCUGCUCUGUUUGCUUGUGUGGACGGAGUGGGCCAUCUCGAUCUGUGGAACCUCAACAACGACACCGAGGUUCCCACUGCCAGCAGCACAGUAGAGGGUAACCCAGCCCUCAACAGGGUCAGAUGGGCUCACUCUGGCAGAGAAAUUGCUGUGGGAGACUCCGAUGGACGAGUUUGUGUGUAUGAAGUUGGAGAGCAAAUUGCGGUUCCACGAAACGACGAGUGGACCCGUUUCGUUCGCACUCUGGCAGAGAUCAACGAGAACAGGGACGACGCAGAGGAGCUGGCAGCUCAGCGCCUGGCUGCCUGAUCUGCUCGCCGUGGACGAGAUGUUUAAGGGACCAGUGGCACGCUUGUUAAUACCAGCCCCCGUUUUUGAUGGAAAGAAAGGAUGGAGGUAAAGAUGACGCUUGGAUCAGAAACGGAAAGAAGUAUGGACAUCUCUUGAUUUCUUACACUUUCUUAUUUGGGACAACUCUGCCUUCUCAGUUAGCUGGACCGUCACCAGUCUUCCUUGGAAUAACACAAGUGACAGGGCUAUCAACCUCAGACACUAACAUGAAGCCAUAUUCACAAACACAAACCAGUCGUCCUUUCUUCAACCAGAUGCCUUAAACUUUAAUUUGUAUCGUGAUUGUAAAAAUCCCGCCUGUCUUUGUUUAGGGCAUGUGAACACCAGCCUUAAUUUUGAGUUUUUCAACCCUAAUAGGUGCUCCCCUCCACAUAUUCAUGACAAACACUCAUAGCCGAGCUCCAUUUUCACCAAAGUUGUAGUAAAGCAAUCACAUCUUUAAACACCCAGGAAUGUAAACUUAUCACUGUAGCCCAUGCUGUCAUUCCCAUUCCCUUUAGACUUGAUAACCUAAAUAUUCACGUGUUUGUAAAAUACUGAAAUGUCCAAAACCCAAAUGUCUUUCUACUUAUAUAUUCUAUACUGCAUCAGUUUUCACUUAAUCAGCAUAGCUGGUUAGACCUUGAGAUAGUUGGAGUAUCCUCAAUGCCUAAGAUGAUCAUGCAUGCUGUAACUGCUCAGUGAUUCCUCAGAGAUCUGUAACGUACAGGAUCUGAACAGAGAUUGUUUUUGUGAAGAAUCUCAAACCCUGGUGUCAAAACUGAGAAUGUACUUUUCACACAGUAGAAACAGUUUGAAUGAUUUAUUUCAAUAAAAUACAAUAAAUACAUUUAAAUUAUUUCCCAAGUCCCUGGUCAUGAU